AUGAAUUAUAUUGAUUAAGGUUCAGCACUGUCUAGAAAAGUUCCAAAUAGAAAAUUAUCAAAAAAGAAUUCUUUAUUUUAUUAGGUAUGAAUAUAGAAUUUUACAAAAUUAGUAAUCAGUAUUAGAGAAUGAAGAGUUUCUAUAAAAGUAUGAAAAGAAUGUUGAUCAAUUGUAGACAGUAAUAGAAGAGCCUGAAUUGAAAGAAGUCAUAUAGAGUAGAAAUGAGAAAUUCUUUUAACUUUUAGAAUAAAUCAUAAAGGUUGAAUCAUCAAUAAAGGACUUUGCAAAAGGGUAAAGGAAUAGGUUUACAUAGAUAUCAAAAGUUUGGAUUUAUAGUGUCAGAUAAUGGAAUUACAUAUAGAGAAUGGGCUCCAAAUGCUUAAGAGUUAAAAUUGAAUGAGUACAGUUGUACAACUGACAAUGGUGGUAAUUGGGAAGUAUUUAUACCAAAGGAUGAUGAUGACAAUCAUUAAAUAGUGCAUGGAAGCACAUUAACAACAUAUUGCAAUGAUUUAUAGAGAGUAUCAGUUUGGAGUUAGGUUAAAAAUGGAGAAUAAGCAAUAUUUUGGAAUCCUGAAAACAAAUAUGAAUUCUAAUAAUAAUAAUUAUAAUAAAAAUAAUUAAGUAAAGGAUUAAAAAUAAAUAAAUAAAGUAUUAAUUAACUAUAAAAUAUACCUGGAUAUAAUGCAAUAUUAAUAACCUAAUAAGUUUUGAUGGCUUUAGAUAUAAAUUAAAUAAAUCCUGAUGAUUUAAAAAAGACCAUUGAUAAUCUUCAUCAAUAAGGACUAUUAAUUUUGAUGGAUAUAGAUCAUUAAAUCAUUGGAUAAUAUUUAAAAAGUUGGGAUGGAAGUGAAUUUUAAUAUGUUCGUGAAGGAACAGAUUAAUUAGAUUAUGGAAAAUGGGAAGUAUUGAGAUUAUUACUCUCAAAUCUUUCUUUUUGGAUCACAGAAUAUUAGAUAGAUGGAUUCAAGUUUUCAAAUAUAGAUCUUACUGAUGAUAUUGAUAUUGCAGUCUAUUUAAUGUUGGCUAAUGAUUUGAUACAUGAUUUAUUGCCAAAUGGAAUUAAUAUCAUAAAUAGUUUUGAAUAUCCUGCCUUAUGUAGAACUAUUAAGGAAGGUGGAUUAGGUUUUGAUUUCAAACUUUCCUAAUCUCAAACAAAGUAAUAUUUACCAAACACACUUUUCGAAAUCACUGGGGAUUAAAUAUAAGUACAAUAACUAAAUGCUUUAUUAUUUGGAUAAGUAAAUAAUAAUAAAAAUAUAUCUAGGGAGUGAUUUCAGAUGGAAAAGAUAAUAACUUGAUGUUGAUAGAAUCCUAGAUUGGAUGGUUAGAAACUGAAUUUGCAGAAAUUAAUGUAAUUGAUUUUGUCAUCGAAGUUAAGAGAUCUAAAUAUAUAUUUUUGUUAAAUCUCACUAAUUAAGUAAGAGUUUAAUUUCAAUGUUAUAGAAUAGAACAAUUAAAUUGAAUUACAAAAUUAAUAAAGUCUUAAAUCAUGAAGGAUACAAUUGGAAAUAAAUUGAUGAUAAUAAUACAGAAAUAUAGAUUCAAUCAUAAUAUGGAUUGAUCAUUGAAUGA